AGUUCUAGAACGUUGCUGUGGUAGCGCUCCGGCGCCAUGUUAGGACGAAGGGGAAGGAGGAGAAGCACUUAAAGCGGCGGGGCGCGCGUGCCGGACUGGGUUAGUCCCAGGGCUGAGGCAGGCCUCCGCGUCCCUCCCGCCUCGGUGGAUCAUGCUCAGGGCGGCAGCGGCGGUGGUCGCCGGGGGGAAGUGACUGGGCGGUGCCGGCGCCGGAGACGAUGCCGUUUCCAGUUACAACGCAGGGAUCACAACAAGCUCAGCCACAGCAGAGGCACUAUGGCAUCACCUCUCCUAUCAGCCUAGCAGCCCCCAAGGAGACUGACUGCCUGCUUACACAGAAGCUCAUUGAAACUCUGAAACCCUUUGGGGUUUUUGAAGAGGAAGAGGAAUUGCAGCGCAGGAUUUUAAUUUUGGGAAAAUUAAAUAACUUGGUGAAAGAGUGGAUACGAGAAAUCAGUGAAAGCAAGAAUCUUCCACAAUCUGUAAUUGAAAAUGUUGGAGGAAAAAUUUUUACAUUUGGAUCUUACAGACUAGGAGUACAUACAAAAGGUGCUGAUAUUGAUGCGUUGUGUGUUGCACCAAGACAUGUUGAUCGAAGUGACUUUUUCACCUCAUUCUAUGAUAAGUUGAAAUUACAGGAAGAAGUAAAAGACUUAAGAGCUGUUGAAGAGGCAUUUGUACCAGUUAUCAAACUCUGUUUUGAUGGGAUAGAGAUUGAUAUUUUAUUUGCAAGAUUAGCACUGCAGACUAUUCCAGAAGAUUUGGACCUACGAGAUGACAGUCUGCUUAAAAACUUAGAUAUAAGAUGCAUAAGAAGUCUUAAUGGUUGCAGGGUAACCGAUGAAAUUUUACAUCUAGUACCAAACAUUGACAACUUCAGGUUAACUCUGAGAGCUAUCAAACUGUGGGCCAAACGGCACAACAUCUAUUCCAAUAUAUUAGGUUUCCUCGGUGGUGUUUCCUGGGCUAUGCUAGUAGCAAGAACUUGCCAGCUUUAUCCAAAUGCAAUAGCGUCAACUCUUGUACAUAAAUUUUUCUUGGUAUUUUCUAAAUGGGAAUGGCCAAAUCCAGUGCUAUUGAAACAGCCUGAAGAAUGCAAUCUUAAUUUGCCUGUAUGGGACCCAAGGGUAAACCCCAGUGAUAGGUACCAUCUUAUGCCUAUAAUUACACCAGCAUACCCACAACAGAACUCCACCUACAAUGUGUCCGUUUCAACACGGAUGGUCAUGGUUGAGGAGUUUAAACAAGGUCUUGCUAUCACAGAUGAAAUUUUGCUGAGUAAGGCAGAGUGGUCCAAACUUUUUGAAGCUCCAAACUUCUUUCAAAAGUACAAGCAUUAUAUUGUACUUCUAGCAAGUGCAUCAACAGAAAAACAGCACCUAGAAUGGGUAGGUUUGGUGGAAUCAAAAAUCCGUAUCCUGGUUGGAAGCCUGGAGAAGAAUGAAUUUAUCACACUGGCUCACGUGAAUCCCCAGUCAUUUCCAGCCCCCAAAGAAAAUCCUGACAAGGAAGAAUUUCGCACAAUGUGGGUGAUUGGGUUAGUGUUUAAAAAAACAGAAAACUCUGAAAAUCUCAGUGUUGAUCUCACUUAUGACAUUCAGUCUUUCACAGAUACAGUUUAUAGGCAAGCAAUAAACAGCAAGAUGUUUGAGGUGGAUAUGAAAAUUGCAGCAAUGCAUGUAAAAAGAAAGCAGCUUCAUCAACUCCUACCUAGCCAUGUGCUUCAGAAAAAGAAAAAGCAUUCAACUGAAGGAGUCAAGUUAGCAGCUCUGAAUGACAGCAGCCUUGACUUGUCUAUGGACAGCGACAACAGUAUGUCUGUGCCUUCACCCACUAGUGCUCUGAAGACCAGUCCCUUGAACAGCUCUGGCAGCUCUCAGGGCAGAAACAGUCCUGCUCCAGCUGUGACAGCAGCAUCUGUGACCAACACACAGGCUACUGAAGUCUCUGUGCCCCAAGUAAAUUCCAGUGAAAGCACAGGGGGUCCAUCGAGUGAAAGCAUUCCUCAAACUGCCACACAGCCAGCCAUUUCUCCACCACCAAAGCCUACGGUCUCCAGAGUUGUUUCCUCAACACGUCUGGUAAACCCAUCAACUAGACCUUCAGGAAAUGCAACAAAAAUACCUAAUCCUAUAGUAGGAGUCAAGAGAACAUCCUCACCCCAUAAAGAAGAAAGUCCUAAGAAAACCAAAACAGAAGAGGAUGAAACAAGUGAAGAUGCUAACUGUCUUGCUUUGAGUGGACAUGAUAAAACAGAAACAAAGGAACAAGUCGACACAGAGACGAGUACGGCUCAGUCAGACGCUGUGCAGACAGCGGCUUCUCUGUUGGCCUCUCAGAAAACAUCCAGUACAGACCUUUCUGAUAUUCCCGCUCUCCCUGCAAACCCUAUUCCUGUCAUCAAGAACUCAAUAAAACUGAGACUGAAUCGGUAAAACCACCUCAGGGUCCAUAAACAGUAUCUGCCAACUCAACCUGUUGUCUUCAGAUGCUAAAACAAAAAACUAAAACAAAACAAAAAAGGAGCACGGAGGGUAGAAGACUAGACAUGGCUGGCAGUGGGUUAGGCUUUGGUGACCUCCCUUACUGGGCUGCAGCACUUGAUCGGAAGUCCAGGUUAGUAUGCGAAGCCAGGAGUACCAUUAUUACUGUGCUAGCACAGUUGCAUUACUGUUUCGGGACGAUUACUGCCUUUAAGCGGGGGGCGGGAGGGGAUCAAGCUGUUUGUGUCCCUAAUUGACAUCUGGAUUGGAUUUAUGUUUGAUGCAUUGUUUGAAAAACUUGCAAUACAAACUAGCAUAAGAAUUCCUUAUUCUGAUGAUGCACUUUUAUGUAUUUUUUAUUAGAAAGUAGAACUAAUUUUAGAUUUUCAGCCUAAUGGAUUUUCAUUUUUUCCCAAAGAAUUUCCUUUCCAGUUAGUCUUUGAGUUGGGUGCCAUUGUGCGGUGCUGCACUGUUAGCCUCAGCAGGAUGAGAACUCAUCUGGUUGAGUCCUCUGAGGUAGCUGUAACCCUUAACAUGAAAUGCCAGUUCUGAGAGAUGCAUUUGACGUUGAAGGAGUAAUUAGAGAAUACUUGGUUUCGAUGGUUGUGAUUAGGAGGUGCGUACUGCUGCUCUCCAUGCAACUGUCUCCUCGUGCACAGGUGAGCGGCAGCCAGCAGCCGUCUGCAUCUGCUGCAGCUCUGCUCUUCUGACUGCAGUCUGUUAUCUUCAAAACAACACCUGUUCCUCCCUCUUCUUUUUCUUUUCCCUUUUGCUUGUAUGCACAAGGUAAGACUUACUUCACCAAAACCUAAAUGCCAGUAUUUUCCUAAGCCAUGACAUGAACCAGUGCUCCUGUGGCUCUGUGUCACAGACGCUAAAUUUUGGUCCCGUGCCUGAAAUUUAGAGUGGCCCAAAAGUAAUGCCCAUGAAGCUUCUCUGCGUGGACAGCUGUGUGCCUAGAAGAAGACUUUUGUACACUCCACAGCUCCUGUUCCUUGAUGUUCAAUU